ACUAUGAUCCCAUGAAUCGGUACCAUGAACCAUUUUUACUACAAGAAUCUUACUUCCUUCACCUGCUCGACAUGAGCUCCGCACGUAGAAAAAUUUGAUGUCGUAGAGGCUUGUUAAAGUAUUCAUGAUCGCAGAGUUAACUUCAUUGUCAUGACUUAUGAUUAUAAAAUCGAUUUCCAACCCAUGUAGGGCGUCAAUUCUUACAUAUCCUAUUUAGAUCAGGGCCAAAUAUCAAUUUUCCUUCGGUUCUCCAGUCACAUACUUAAUGGCGUUCCUCCUCAUUUGGAAUUUCAUGUGCUUAUUACGCUUUUUUAGCUGAAGGCUAAAUAGGAUUAUUUAUAAUAAUCAUCAGGAGGAAAAGUGAACUUGUUGAUUGUUCCAUUAUGGGCACUAACUUUUGUAUUGUCCUAGUCUAUGACACUUCAAGCAUUCCACUGUUUCUCUGCUCCACUCCAUCCCUUCCUCUUCUUGAGUAGUAUCCUUUUCUUUGUCGUUUGGCACCCCUGCCACCACUUGCACAAGAAACUUUGAGCAUCUGAUCUUCUUCCUUUCCAAAUUUCUUGUGAAUUUUUUGUUCAUGAACCAACAAGGAACUCCAGAGAGCAUCAACAAGGAGUAUUUUUCUUAUAUUUGAACUCCUCAAUUGAUCAUACUACAUAGUGAAACUUCUUAGUUAAUGUUCUCAAUAUCUUCUCCGCUAUCUUGUAAUCGAGCAUGAAUUCACCACAAUUUUUCAUGGAAUUGGAAAUCACCCUGACUCGACCAAAGUAUUAUGUAAAUUUUACUCUCCUUCCUUAAUUUCCAAGAUCUCAAAACUUCUUCCGAGACUGCAGUUGAGCUUUAUGAACCCUAGCAUUUCCUUGAAACUUCAUAAUCAUGUAAUCUCAUUGCUCUUUUGCAGGUCCUUUGUUGAUGAUCGUUUUCAUACUUAUCUUUUCUAUGGAGCUGAACAGGUAAUUCCCGGCUUUCAAGUCUUUCAGCCUCAGAUCUUCCAAGGUCUUGGUUUGCUCGGCAUUGAGUUCAGUCUCCUUUGCAUGUUCUUAAACUCCAACAGUCACUACCCUCAAAUAUUCCUUGAACCUGAGCAAAUUUUCCAUUAGCAGUUACAACACUCACUUUGUUCCCAAGAGCUUGCUCGCAAGUCCACCUCGUGUUUCCUUUAACCCAGUAUGCUAUCAGCGACAUAAAUCACUUUCACCUCUCAAAUCACACAAUCAAUUUGGCUACACAUUACUUUGAGCUCUGAUACCACAAUGUAACUUAAAUGAAAUGCAAACUAGCAAAAUAUUAUUGAAUGAACAUGAGAGUCAUAAGUAUAACGAUCUCAUCAAAUCUCGGCUUCACACUACCCAUGAUCGACUCCACUAACCUGAAAUUUAGCUAGCAGAGUCAUUGAGUCAACAAACCUUCACCACUACGCUGUGGACUCGCUUGCAAAUCCUAAACCAAGCUUUGACUCUUUAAGAAGUAAAACAUACUUAAAUGACCAAACUGAAAUUGUCCAAACGGCUCAGCUUCACUAAACAAAAACAAACGUUUGAAUAUGGAGUUAUGGACUCAUGGCACCAAUUUUUCCUUCCUUGCAGCAACCUGAUUUCAAUCCUUAGCGUAUCAGGGUCCUCUUAACCAAGAAUUAAAAUUUCUUCUUGCCAUCGUUUCUCACUGGGGGAUCUGAUGAGCGACUCCAACUGGUAAAAAAAUAUCACGUAUUUAGUGAUAGAAAAUUCUCCAUAUUAGCUAGCAAAGUGAGAAAGAACCACCACCAUUCGAUAUCACGGAGAACACUAUUUGGACAUGAAAGGGUUGUGUUUACACCAAAUUAAAUUUAUUAAAUAUCACAUGUAGUAUUUAUGAAUAAUUGGGACACCUUAAGUAGUUGUCCCGUAUAUGGACCCAGUGGUCCGAAUUGGAUGGUUGGGCCAUCCGUCUGGCGCUUAGUAGCUUGUCGUAAGGUAGCCAUCCAAGAUGAUGACUGUAGCAACUACAACAUUGUUACCAUUCAUCCAUCAUAAUGGAUACCAAUCCAAACACUAUUAUGGAUGGUAGUGUCCAACAUGAUGGAUACCAUCCAAAUCCUAUUAUGGAUGGAAGUGUCCAACGUCAUGGAUAUCAUCCAAAUCCUAUUAUGGAUAGUAGUGUCCAACAACAUGGAUACCAUCCAAAAGGACUAAUUGGAUACUGACCAUCCCCACAUAGUGGACACCAUCCAAAAUCUAAGUGGAUGGAAAUCAUCCCUCACCAUGGUUACCAUCCCAACCCUAUGGUGGAUGGUACCAUCCCAAAUAUGACGGACACCAUCUAAAGGACUGAUUGGAUGGUGACCAUCACAUAUCAUGGAUACCAUCCAAAGUACUAGCUGGAUGGUACCAUCCACGUUGAAAUAGGAUAAUGUGGUGAUGUGUCCAGAGACUUCUUGGCAACAACUAACUUGCGUAGAGGCUAAACAGAGCUAUUUUUUGGGAGAGAGAGAGCAGUUGGACAAAUCUUGGCAACAAAACUUGAAGCAAGAUCUUGGAGAAAGGGGGACAAUAACAACUCAAAACAAAGACAACUUGUCUCAACUAUCCCUUUUCCUUUUUCUAUGUAGUUUGCAGAGCUCUCCUCCACGAAGGAUCCUCCAUAGCAGUAGUCUUAGUUGUAGUCACAGAGCUCUCAAGGAAUCUCCAUAGAAGUAGUGUAAAGUAACAUAGAUUCCCCAUACACCGAACACCCUCGUUCGAAUAGUGUUUGAAGAGGUGUGGACCGUAGUAACAAUCGUCAUCUUCAUAGAAGUCAACCGCAACCCAUCCAACCUAUUUUUCCACUGUUAAAAAAUUGGCACACCUGGUGGGACACUUGUGUUUGGUAUGUCUUCGCGAUGGAGGCAGCAAGAAGAUGAUCUUCCACAAGGUUUUGAGGAGGAGGAGCAGUUGGUCAAUGUAGAAAUCGACCAGGUUGGUGAGAUUUCAGACAACUCUAUUGGAGCAAUGGUGUCAGUCUUGGAGCCAAACGCAGAUCCAGGUGAAGAAGUACCUUCUCUCUGCCAAAUUAUGGAGGAGAUUCAUCAAAUGGUGGUUGGACUCUAUAGAAUCGACCAAUAGGUAAAUCUUCACAUUGCCUCUAUACAUAAGCAUUUAGAUCAUCUUGAACAAAGCUUUGAUAAAGCGUAUGAUAGAAUGAUUGAUAGAUAUGUUUGUGAUUAUGAAAUUUCAAACUAUGAAAUUAUGCAUGACGCAUCCAUUGUACCAGAAAAAAUCUUGUUGUUGAGUGACAAAGAUUUGUUGAAUGAAAAAAUUGAAACAGUAAGCAAUAACCAAGUUUGUUGUUUAAGAAGCCAACCACAAUUGGUUGAUGGGAAAGUUGGGUGUCUGGCCAUUUCGAUGGACAAUCCACAAUGUCAUGGUAAAUGUACUGGUCAAUCCAACUUGUCGUGCUUGACUGGUUAAAAUGUUAGAGAAGCAACAUCUGUCAAUGAUAAAAAUGGUCGUGGAUUAGAUAAUAUCAAUAAGGAUUCAUCCCCUAUUUUGGCAAAAACACUGUUGCCAAAAGCUAACAAUUCAAAUGUGUCAUUUCCAAUGGACGUCAUUGCUUGUAAAGGUGCAAAAAAGAGAGAUUGCUUAUGAGAGCCAUUGCAAGGAAGUAUAUGCAAACAUGCUUCUAGAAAAAUCAAAAGUAAAAGAUAUGUUAAACAACUCAUUUGUGAGUUCAUUUAAAAGGAGAAGCACAAAGGGGAGCUUGACAAUAAUGGUCAAAUUAAGCUGUCAGGGAGACAUGCCAUCCCAUUUCUUGGCAAGCUGAGACAAAAGCAAUAUUCUAGGUGUAAGAAUAUUUUAUCACAUUCCAUCAAGUCAGAAGAUGUUGCAACGAUGGUAACCAAAAACUCUUCCCAGUGGGUAAAGGUAAAAGCAUGAUAAGGAACAGACCGGGGGGGGGGGGGGGAUGUCACCAAUCACAAAAGUUGGAUUGGGGGCAGAUCAAAUAACCUACAGUAUGUUCAAGCCACACAUGGUUUGCAUAAAUUUAAUAUUGUAGAAAAUGAUGGACAAGGCAGUAAGAUGUCAACAAAAAAAUGGUGGACAUAGUGGCAUACAUAAGAAGCCUCAAUAUGCACCAACAAGAUAUGGUAAAGCAAAGGAUCAAAGGUGGUUGUGUGCUAAGUGUAUGAGGCAACGAUACUUUAGAGUUUAGAAACAAAGACAAGUAAGCCAUAUAAGUGGUCGUGGACAUGUAAAGUCUAAGUACACAUCCUUUCUAAGUAAUGUGACUGAUUGGAUGGUUACCAUCCCAUAUCAUGGAUACCAUCCAAAGUACUUGCUGGAUGUACCAUACAUGUUGAAAUAGGAUGAUGUGAUGAUGUGUCCAGAGACUUCUUGGCGACAACUGACUUACGUAGAGGCCAAGCAGAGCUAUUUUCGGAAGAGAGAGAGAGAGAGAGAGAGAGAGCAGUUGGACAAAUCUUGGCAACAAAACUUGAAGCAAGUUCCAGGAGGAAGGGGGAUAAUCACAACUCAACACAAAUACAAUUUGUCUCAACUAUCCAUUUUCCUUUCUUUAUGUAGUUUGCAGAGCUCUCCUCAGCGAAGGAUCCUCUAUAGCAGUAGUCUUAGUUAUAGUCGCGAAUCUCUCAAGGAAUCUCCAUAGGAGUAGUGUAAAGUAACGUAGAUUCCCCAUACACCGAACACUAUCAUUCGAAGAGUGUUUCAAGAGGUGUGGACCGUAGUAACAAUCGUCAUCUUCAUAGAAGUCAAGCGCAACCCAUCCAACCUAUUUUUCCACCAUUAACAGUCUGAAACUUUGAACCACUGUUCACCGGUCGGACUUAAAUCAUGCUUGGUCGAGAAACAAAGGUGGGAGUUGAGCCAUCUCUCCAAAGAGCUUGUGAAGUUUCCAAAAAUCUCAAACGAUCUAGAACAUUGUUUAGAUCGACUUCUUUGUUUAGUGAGAAAGAGGAAAUGAGAUUUCUUUGGAAAAAUAGACAGGAAGUGGUUAGGGUUUUUUUAGAAUAGAGGUGCGGGGUAGCAGAAAACAAAAGGAAUGUUUACGU